GGAAAUCUGAAAGCAGCGGCCGGAGAUGGAGAAUCAUGCCUCAUCCGAAAGCUCGGAGCCCCAAGCAGAUAACACGGGCGAGGGGGCGGAGAGGUCAGAGCCAGGCGGCGAGGACCCCGGCCUGGCCGAGAGCGGAUCCUGCCCGGGGGCGUGCGAGCUGGAGUGCGACAUCUGCUUCAGCGGCUUCGACAACGUCUUCAAGCUGCCCAAGCUGCUGGCGUGCGGCCACACCUUCUGCCUGGAGUGCCUGGCGAGGAUCAACGUCAGCUCGGAGACGGUGAGCUCGGUCAGCUGCCCGCUGUGCCGGCGCCUCACGCCGCUGCCCUCGGGCAAGGGGCUGCCAGCGCUGGACAACAACCUGGCGGUGCUGCGGCGCCUGCCCUCCGGGAUGCGCAGCGUUCCAUCCAUCCGGUUCAGCCGCGACAAGGGCAAGCUCUACACCACCACCAGCGGCCCGGAGCCCAGCUCCUUCCUCAAGCCGACGCAGCUCAGCAGCGUCAGCCUGAGCCUGGACGUCGGGCAGCCGGCUCACCGCAGCAGCUCGGACACCCCGCCACGGACCCUCGCCUGGCUGCCCUUCCGCUCCAGCAGCUGCUACUACGUGGCCAUCGGCUUCGUACUCAUCUUCACCGUGGCGCUGGUGCUCUCCGGCAUCUUCCUCUUCGUCAUUGUGCCCACCCGCAGCAUCACCGGUGCGGGCCCUAGCGGCAGGAACGGGACCACCCAGCGCCCUUAGGUCACUCACUCUCCAAAACUCACACCCCGUCCCCUCACUGCUUUCCUGAGCGGCCAAUCUCUCUCUCUCUCUCUCUCUCUCUCUCACACACACAGAUACACACACACGUACGCACACACGCACAGACAGACACAGACACAGACAGACACGCACGCACCGACACAGACAGACACACACAGACAUGCAUAAACGGAUGCACAUGUGCGUGCGCAUGCACACACAUUAUUGACAGACAUAAACACACAGACAGACACAGGCAGACAGACAGACACA